GACGCUGCCGCCACUGCCGCUGCAGGGAAAAUGCUGAGCCCUCCCGGGCCGGGUGGGCGGCGGCGGCGAGGGCGGCGACGGGGACCCGCUUCCCGGGCGCGGCGGCGGCGGCCAUGGCCCGGCUGGCCGACUACUUCAUCGUGGUAGGCUACGACCACGAGAAGCCAGGGUCAGGAGAAGGUCUGGGGAAAAUAAUUCAGAGAUUUCCACAGAAGGACUGGGAUGACACACCUUUUCCACAGGGAAUUGAAUUGUUUUGUCAGCCUGGUGGGUGGCAGCUGUCCAGAGAAAGGAAGCAGCCAACAUUCUUUGUGGUGGUCCUGACAGACAUUGACUCAGAUCGACAUUACUGCUCAUGCCUGACCUUCUAUGAGGCAGAGAUCAAUCUCCAGGGAACUAAGAAGGAAGAGAUUGAAGGUGAAGAGGAAGUGUCUGGUUUAAUUCAGCCUGCAGAAGUGUUUGCUCCCAAAAGCCUGGUGUUGGUUUCCAGAUUAGAUUAUCCAGAAAUUUUUAGGGCUUGCCUGGGUUUGAUCUAUACUGUGUAUGUGGACAGUCUGAAUGUCUCCUUGGAAAGUCUCAUUGCAAACCUUUGUGCCUGCCUUGUCCCAGCAGCUGGAGGGUCUCAGAAGCUGUUUUCCUUGGGUGCAGGAGAUAGACAGCUGAUCCAGACUCCUUUACAUGAUAGUCUUCCAGUCACAGGCACUAGUGUGGCUCUCCUGUUCCAGCAGUUGGGAAUUCAAAAUGUCCUCAGCCUCUUUUGUGCAGUCCUCACAGAAAAUAAGGUUCUCUUCCAUUCUGCAAGUUUCCAGAGACUUAGCGAUGCUUGUAGAGCCCUGGAAUCUUUAAUGUUUCCUCUUAAAUAUAGUUAUCCUUAUAUUCCCAUUCUCCCAGCUCAGCUACUGGAAGUUCUAAGUUCCCCAACACCUUUCAUUAUUGGAGUACAUUCUGUCUUUAAAACUGAUAUCCAUGAGCUUUUGGAUGUAAUCAUAGCAGAUUUGGAUGGAGGCACUAUUAAAAUUCCUGAAUGUAUUCACCUCUCUUCCCUCCCGGAACCACUUCUACAUCAGACUCAAGUAGCUCUUUCUUUGAUUUUACACCCAGAUUUGGAAGUAGCAGAUCAUGCUUUUCCUCCUCCACGAACAGCUUUAUCCCACUCAAAAAUGCUGGAUAAAGAAGUGCGAGCAGUUUUCCUUAGAUUAUUUGCACAACUUUUCCAAGGAUAUAGAUCAUGCCUACAGCUUAUAAGAAUUCAUGCAGAGCCAGUAAUACAUUUUCACAAAACAGCUUUCUUGGGGCAGCGUGGUUUGGUUGAGAAUGAUUUCCUCACUAAAGUACUCAAUGGAAUGGCAUUUGCAGGUUUUGUUUCAGAAAGAGGUCCUCCCUAUAGAACCUGUGAUCUCUUUGAUGAGUUGGUAGCCUUUGAAGUAGAGAGAAUUAAAAUUGAAGAAAAUAACCCAUUGAAGAUGAUAAAGCAUGUCAGAGAACUUGCUGAGCAACUAUUCAAAAAUGAGAAUCCAAACCCUCAUAUGGCAUUCCAGAAAGUUCCACGCCCAACAGAAGGAUCCCACUUGCGAGUUCAUAUUCUUCCUUUCCCAAAGAUUAAUGAAGCCCGGGUUCAGGAAUUAAUACAGGAAAAUCUUGCUAAGAACCAGAAUGCACCUCCUGCUACACGAGUGGAAAAGAAAUGUGUUGUGCCAGCAGGUCCACCUGUUGUUUCAAUAAUGGAUAAGGUGACGACAGUUUUCAACAGUGCACAGAGACUGGAAGUUGUUAGAAAUUGCAUCUCAUUCAUAUUUGAAAAUAAAACUUUAGAGACUGAAAAGACCCUUCCUGCUGCUAUGAGAGCCCUUAAAGGAAAGGCAGCACGACAAUGUCUCACUGAUGAACUGGGUUUGCAUGUCCAACAAAACCGGGCAAUAUUAGAUCAUCAGCAGUUUGACUACAUAAUAAGGAUGAUGAAUUGUACUCUACAGGAUUGUUCAAGUUUAGAAGAGUACAACAUUGCUGCAGCGUUACUCCCUUUGACCAGUGCUUUUUAUAGGAAACUUGCCCCUGGAGUGAGCCAGUUUGCUUACACCUGUGUUCAGGACCACCCCAUUUGGACAAAUCAGCAAUUUUGGGAGACAACUUUUUAUAAUGCAGUACAGGAACAGGUUCGUUCCCUGUAUCUCUCAGCCAAGCAGGACAAUCAUGCCCCACAUCUGAAGCAAAAGGAUAAGCUUCCUGAUGAUCAAUAUCAGGAAAAGACAGCAAUGGACCUGGCAGCAGAACAGCUACGCCUUUGGCCUAGUCUGAGCAAAUCAACUCAGCAAGAGCUGGUGCAACAUGAGGAAAGCACUGUCUUUAGUCAGGCCAUUCACUUUGCAAACCUCAUGGUCAACCUGUUAGUUCCACUAGACACAAGUAAAAACAAGCUCCUAAGAACAUCAGCACCAGGGGACUGGGAGAGUGGGAGCAACAGCAUUGUCACAAACAGUAUUGCAGGAAGUGUAGCUGAGAGCUAUGAUACAGAGAGUGGGUUUGAAGAUUCAGAGAAUAAUGACAUUGCCAACUCUGUUGUGCGGUUCAUUACCCGAUUUAUUGACAAGGUUUGUACAGAGAGUGGAGUUACUCAGGAUCACAUCAAGAGCCUUCAUUGCAUGAUACCAGGAAUUGUAGCUAUGCACAUUGAGACCCUAGAAGCAGUGCAUCGAGAAAGUAGAAGACUCCCACCUAUACAGAAGCCCAAGAUUCUUAGACCUGCUCUACUGCCAGGAGAAGAAAUUGUAUGUGAAGGUCUCCGAGUCCUACUGGAUCCUGAUGGAAGAGAAGAAGCCACUGGAGGUCUUGGAGGCCCUCAGCUCCUGCCAGCAGAAGGAGCUUUGUUUCUCACCACAUACAGAAUUCUCUUCAGGGGGACUCCCCAUGAUCAGCUAGUUGGUGAGCAGACGGUUGUACGGAGUUUUCCCAUUGCCUCCGUCACCAAGGAAAAGAAGAUCACAAUGCAGAACCAGCUACAGCAGAACAUGCAAGAAGGACUGCAGAUCACAUCAGCAUGUUUUCAGUUGAUUAAAGUAGCGUUUGAUGAAGAAGUCAGUCCAGAAGUAGUAGAGAUUUUUAAGAAACAGCUGAUGAAGUUCCGUUAUCCUCAGUCCAUUUUCAGCACCUUUGCUUUUGCUGCUGGACAAACUACCCCGCAAAUAAUUUUACCCAAACAGAAGGAAAAGAACACUUCCUUUCGCACAUUCUCAAAAACAAUUGUGAAAGGUGCCAAAAGGGCAGGGAAAAUGACAAUUGGACGGCAGUAUUUAUUGAAGAGGAGGACAGGAACAAUUGUGGAAGAGAGAGUAAAUCGUCCUGGAUGGAAUGACGAAGAUGACAUAUCUGUUUCAGAUGAUAGCGAACUCCCUACAAAUACCACCCUGAAAGCCUCAGAGAAGUCUACAAUGGAACAGUUAGUAGAAAGAGCUUGUUUCAGAGACUAUCAGCGUUUAGGUUUGGGAACCAUAAGUGGCAGCUCUUCCCGUUCAAAACCAGAGUAUUUUCGAAUUACUGCCUCCAACAGGAUGUAUUCACUCUGCCGGAGCUAUCCUGGCCUUUUAGUAGUACCUCAAGCUGUACAGGACAGUAGUUUACCAAGAGUAGCCCGCUGCUAUCGACAUAAUCGCUUGCCUGUUGUAUGCUGGAAGAACUCAAGAAGUGGUACUCUACUUCUCCGAUCUGGAGGAUUCCAUGGGAAGGGAGUUGUUGGUCUUUUUAAAUCUCAGAACUCCCCUCAGGCUGCACCUACCUCCUCUUUAGAAUCUUCCAGUAGCAUAGAACAAGAAAAGUACUUGCAAGCCUUGCUGAAUGCAGUUUCUGUCCAUCAGAAACUCAGAGGCAACAACACCCUUACUGUCAGGCCAGCACUUGCUCUGUCUCCAGGGACUGAAAGGAGGACUUCAAGAAUGUCCACUGUGCUUAAGCAGGUAGUGCCAGGACAUUUGGAUGUAAACCCAUCCAAUAGCUUUGCUCGAGGAGGUGUGUGGGCAAGUCUUCGCUCUAGUACUCGCUUGAUGAGCUCUCCAACAUCCUUCAUUGAUGUUGGCGCCCGGCUGGCAGGCAAGGAUCACUCAGCCUCCUUUAGUAACAGCACCUACCUACAAAACCAGCUCUUGAAACGCCAAGCAGCUCUUUAUAUAUUUGGCGAAAAGUCACAACUAAGGAACUUCAAGAUAGAAUUUGCUUUAAAUUGUGAGUUUGUUCCUGUUGAAUUUCAUGAAAUCCGACAAGUGAAAGCCAGUUUUAAAAAGCUGAUGAGGGCUUGUAUCCCAAGCACCAUCCCUACUGACUCAGAAGUGACCUUCCUGAAAGCCCUGGGAGACUCUGAGUGGUUCCCACAGCUUCACAGGAUACUGCAGUUGGCUGUGGUUAUAUCAGAAGUACUCGAGAAUGGUUCCUCAGUUUUGGUCUGUUUGGAAGAAGGCUGGGACAUCACUGCACAAGUGACAUCCUUGGUUCAGUUACUCAGUGAUCCCUUUUAUAGGACACUUGAAGGCUUCCGGAUGUUGGUUGAAAAAGAGUGGCUGUCUUUUGGUCAUAAAUUCAGUCAGCGGAGCAGCUUGACCCUCAACUGUCAGGGUAGUGGUUUUGCUCCAGUCUUCUUACAAUUCUUAGACUGUGUACACCAGGUUCACAACCAGUAUCCAACUGAGUUUGAAUUCAAUCUCUAUUACUUAAAGUUCUUGGCUUUCCACUAUGUGUCUAAUCGCUUUAAAACAUUUCUCCUGGAUUCAGACUAUGAAAGAUUAGAGCACGGAACUUUAUUUGAUGAUAAAGGAGACAAGCAUGCCAAGAAAGGAAUUUGUAUUUGGGAAUGUAUUGAUAGAAUGCACAAAAGGAGUCCCAUUUUCUUUAACUAUCUAUAUUCACCAGUAGAAAUAGAGGCCCUGAAGCCUAACGUAAAUGUGUCCAGCCUCAAGAAAUGGGAUUACUAUGUAGAGGAGACCCUGUCCACAGGGCCUUCCUAUGACUGGAUGAUGCUGACCCCCAAGCACUUCCCCUCCGAAGACUCUGACCUGGUCAGAGGAGCUGGGCCCCACAGCCAGAGGAGAACAGUGUGGCCAUGCUACGACGAUGUCAGCUGCACUCAGCCUGAUGCUCUCACCAGCCUUUUCAGUGAAAUUGAAAAAUUGGAGCAUAAAUUGAACCAAACCCCCGAAAAGUGGCAGCAGCUAUGGGAAAGUGUAUCCGUGGACCUUAAAGAAGAGCCAAGAGCAGACCGUUCUCAAAGACACCCAUCUGGGUCCCCAGGAAUUGUAUCUACCAAUCUACCUUCCUAUCAGAAGAGGUCUCUGCUGCAUCUCCCAGACAGCAGCCUGGGGGAGGGGCAGAGUGCCAGCAUCUCCCCAUCCAAUGGAGUGGACCGAAGAGCAGCCACGCUCUAUGGCCAGUAUACAUCCAAGAACGAUGAGAACAGGUCCUUUGAGGGAACACUUUACAAAAGAGGAGCUUUGCUGAAAGGUUGGAAGCCUCGCUGGUUUGUUUUGGAUGUAACAAAACAUCAGCUGCGAUACUAUGACUCAGGUGAGGACACAAGCUGUAAGGGCCACAUUGAUCUGGCUGAAGUAGAAAUGGUCAUUCCUGCUGGCCCCAGCAUGGGAGCCCCAAAGCACACAAGUGACAAGGCUUUCUUUGAUCUCAAGACCAGCAAACGUGUGUAUAACUUCUGUGCCCAAGAUGGACAGAGUGCCCAGCAGUGGAUGGACAGGAUCCAGAGCUGUAUCUCUGAUGCCUGAAGGCUGUGGUCAAUCCAAGCAGAAGAGGUAGAGGAAUUCAUGCUGCCAGAAAGAAGAAGAGCAUGUAUCCUUGAGAAGCUGAUGACAAGUCAUCCAGGGCCGGAGGUUUUCCUGCCCAGUCUUACCCAGUCCCUUCUUGUAGCAGUUGCUAUGUCUGCCUAACCCGAAUGGGUGUGUCACACAGGUCUGGUCAAGAGCCCCAGGCACUCCCUGUAUCUUGCACUAAAUUGUUCUAACAGGGUCUUAGUGGUUAGGGAUCAGAAGAAUGCCUCCUGAGCCAACUGUCAUCUGUCCCCUGGGCAAAAUGGCUACCACCCACUUGGGUCGUUCUUCAUGAAACCUAGAUCCUUUUUAUUCUCCAAGGUCAUAAUUUCCUUGGAGAGCUUUUUAACAAGCAAAAGUCAAAACUCUUCAAGAUCACCUUACAUUCUACAUAGAACAGGUUUCCCAUCAGAGACACCUACUACUCUUACUGCCUGACCUUUGAGAUGCUCAAUUCUCUGGUGCUGCCAAAAGGUGCUUCCAUGGUCCCUACUUUGCCACUGAGGUUCACAGCAAGAGACAUCACUGCUCAGUGGCAGGCAAAGAGGGAGCACACAGGAUUAUCCUGAUGGAGAAAGAUUGUCCAGGGAGUGAUGCAACAACGACCAGGCCAAUGCAGGAAAAUACUGCGUCCAAAACUGACCACAGGUGCUCUAAGGAUCCAGGGACUUGUGUUCCUAUGUAUUCUUCUGCUCCCUGACAGCUUCUUACACAAAAUAACCUGCAAAAGCCUGAAUGCACUAACCCACAAAACAAACACUUGCACUGAACUCCUAAUGACAUGAAGAUGUUGGAAAGAUAGAGGCCAGCUAUUUAUACCUGUGACGAGGGCUGUGUAGAGUGCAGUCACACUGUGGCAUGAUUGGAUACUCAGACACUUCUGCACAUGAAAAGUAAGAACUGUUUUUAGAUUUUCUUUACUUCUGAUAACCUUGUGUUUGUUCAGCUUAAUAUCCAAGGAAUGCUGUUUGCUCAUGGUAAACAGAAACAGCAUCUCUGCUACAGCCACUGAUGCCAACUGGAGUCCUACGUCGCUAGAUCGUUACAUUUGUUUUGAAAUGUUAAUAUGUUAAAUACCAAACUAAUAUUUCAAAAAUAUGUAUAUAUGAUUUCUAUAUCCUUGUUUUUCAGAUAAUCUGCUUAUAAUUUAAUAUAAAAUUAAC